GUUGAUUUUAAAAUCAAAACAGUAGAGCUAAGAGGAAAGAAAAUUAGAUUACAAAUCUGGGACACAGCAGGUCAGGAGAGAUUCAACAGCAUUACCUCAGCUUAUUACAGAAGUGCCAAGGGAAUCAUAUUGGUAUAUGAUAUCACCAAGAAGGAGACUUUUGAUGAUUUACCAAAAUGGAUGAAAAUGAUCGAUAAGUAUGCUUCAGAAGAUGCAGAGCUUCUGUUAGUUGGAAAUAAACUGGACUGUGAAGUUGAUCGAGAGAUUACUCGACAGCAGGGAGAAAAGUUUGCACAGCAAAUAACUGGGAUGCGGUUCUGUGAAGCCAGUGCCAAGGAUAAUUUUAACGUGGAUGAAAUAUUUCUAAAACUUGUUGAUGACAUUCUGAAAAAGAUGCCACUGGAUGUUAUAAGAAAUGAGUUGUCCAACAGUAUCCUGUCCCUGCAACCAGAGCCAGAAAUCCCACCAGAACUGCCUCCUCCAAGGCCACAUGUCCGUUGCUGUUGACUUGUUACUCCAUACAGAGUGAAAAAUAGGAGUGGGAGGGAAAAGAAAGUAUCCUUACUACUCUGCACUACAAUCAUUUGGCAGUUUCUUGUUGCACUUUGUUAUUUGAGUCAGAGCUACACACUAAUUUGUAAAUAUGCAAAUAUGUAAUCCUGUGUAGGAUUCAGCUAUAACAUUUAAUUAUUACCCCUUUCCCUCACAAUUGUAUUUCAUUUAUUGCCCCAGUGUUAUAAAUAUUGUACAGUCUGUGGGGAACUACCACACUUCCAGUCGAGGAGGAGGAAAUUGAAUCUAUACCUAUUCUUGACAUAAAUGUUGUAAUAGUUCUUGUUAUUAUAAACAGGCAGGCAGAAGCUCUUCUGGUAUGAAGAUAAGUAUAUGGUGCUUUGCUAACUAUUUUAAAGAUGAAUUUUUUUAAAACAGAGGACUUUAUGUACAAAGCUUCCAUAAUCAGCAUUAUAUUUCCUUUUAGUGUAGUGAAAACACUUCUGGCUGUAGCAUCCUCUGCUGACUGGAUUUAUUGAAAAGCUAAGUUUAAUUUCUGGCAGUCUCUUAUUUAUUUUGUUCAAUGCUGAACCCUCCCUUUGUGUACUAAGACAUCCCAUUUGGUGCAAAUUUAAGAUUGCACUCUGAAAUUGCGUAUAUAAUUUUUUGCUUAAGCAUAAACUUGGUUGCGGGAAUCAUUAAGAUUCAAUAAAAAAUUGAGAUGUGUUCAACUCUAAAAGAAGAUACAGAAAGCAAUGCUGCUGUCCUAGACAAAUUCUUUACAAAAAAAAUUAAGAUAAUACAUUUUCCUGUGUUAAGGAAUAUAUAUGUGUAUUUGUCUGGACAUCUGUAGGGUGGGAGGUGGGAGGGAACUUAAGGUAAAAUGUUUUUUUUCCUAAUGGUGGAAAUUAUUCCCAUCAAGCAUAUACUGUGUUUAGGUUUUUGUCUGAUAAUGAAUUUGUGAAUUAUAUCUUUGGUAUAUCUUUUAUUAAAAUGCACUGUUUAGUUUAGUUGUGGUAAAUCGGUAGUUACAUAUUUGAAUAACUUGGUGUGUCCUGAAUGUUGUGGUAUUGAAAAACAUUGUGGUCUUUCUAAACUAAUGAAGUGCAAAUAAAAUUUUGUAUUUAUGAAUGACAGUGGAACUGCACCUGUUAUUAGAGUGGCAAACAUCAAAUGAUGGAUAAAAGGUAAAGUCUGUUGUAUGGAACAACUUUUACUCUAAUUUUCUUACGGUUUGAUUUUCAUUGUAACAGUUCCUCUAGGUGUAGUCAGAAGAGCAGCCAACAUCCAUUGUUUGCUCGCACCACUGCCCUCUUGGGAUGACCUAGCCCAGCCGAUACCCUCAAAUGGCAUGUGACUGCCUGUCAUGCUACCUUAGCAGGUGGUUGCAAAACUAUUGAUUACACUGGGAACACAAAUAUGAACCAGUCUUUUCAGAUUGCAGCUUCUUUACUCUUCAUUCUCUGGUGCUGGAACCCGUUGUGUCACUUUUGCCACUGUUCUAGCAUAAACACUGGUACUGACCAGUAAGGUAUACCACUGACUUAAGCAGCUUCUCUCUGUUUUCUAGAAGGAAAAAAGACACAAAGAAUUGUUAACAUUAAAAAUAAAAUUGAUUUUUGAGCCCUUAUUUCACUGAACAAGCUUGGACAUUCUGAGUACAAUACCAUAUUGGUAAUUAGCACACUGUUUUCAACUAACAAAUUAAGGAAGCAUGGUUGAUAUUUGUGCUUAUGUCUUCUGCCACCUUGUGCCUAAACAGUUUGCUUUUUUACGUGGUAAACUUAUGGUUUACUAUCAUAUUGGUAAAUUAAAACCAAUUUCUAAAGCACUUUUAAGAUUUCUGAUAGUACUGUGGGCAAUAGCAAGGACGGAUAAAUUAUGGAAAAUGAAUUUUAACUUGACAACCACUUUAUUUUAGCUGAUUUGUUUUUACAUGUACUUUAGAAACUUGUGAAUUUUUUUCCUGAAGUUUCUGAAUUUAAUAAAAUUUAAGAAACCUGACUUAGAUGAACUUUCCUCUUGUAAUUCUGUGCUGUUUGUUUGUAUACAGGUAGAUUGGGAGCCCAGUCUCUGGCACCAAAAAAUGAAAAGUCAUUGUAUUUGACAAAGACAUAUUUAUGUAAGAAUGCUUAAAUGUAUUUGCUUAUUCACUGGAAGUCAUAAAAAGUUCAGGAAACUUGUUUGCUUUCCAUCCAUUGUAAUAGGAGCUUGAAGAGGGUGUUGCCUCCUACCUUUUUCUCUACAACUUUUACAUGACUCGAAGUUCAGUUAUGUGCGAAGGUGCAAGAGAAAAAAAAUUAUUGUUCUUGCUUCAUUGCCUCGCAUGCAAGUUUAGCUGUCAGCUCAAGCUUUGUUAACUUUUAAUGAAGGACUGUUUGAGUGAGUGGCCUGCACAACCAUUGGCAGAUUAAAAGAUGAAAAAAGGCAAGCUAGUUACAGUUCUAAAUCUUUUCUAACUUGCGUUAGCUGAUCAUCCUUCUUCAGGAGAUAUUCUGGUUAGGAGUAACCUGUUCCAGUCUUCAGGGUGUGUGCUGGGGGGUUGUUUCCUUCUAAUACAGCCAAUGUGCUGUACCACUAGAACUUGUCAGAUGUUGUGAGGUCCUCUAGUUCCUGCCAAUUUCUUUAUGCUGGAGAAAAUACACAGCAGUAUUUUGGAAGGCAAACAUGGCAAGCAUAAAUCCCGGGAGUGUCAGAAGCAGGAUAGCAACCUCUGCUCCAAAGUAGCAGCAGUUUCUUGACUCUCGUGAAAUAAUGGCAGAUAGAUCCUGCCCGUUGAACAAUGUUUUCACUGAUUUUGGUGUGAUUAGGAUUAAAUCCAUUAAUACCUAAAAUGGCACGAUUUCAGUGGUAUGUCCAGUUAGCACUGUGGAUUGCAGUGUCUUGUACCAAAACUGAAGUUCAUUUCUGUUAAUAGACUGAUGAAAUAUUUGAUCAUGACUGCAGUGUUUUAUAUCCGUUUAUAAUGGACGCUCAGCCAGCGGGUUUAUUAACAAAUCACUUCUUCAUAGAUGAGCAGAAGGAAAGUAGGAAGACGAGCAUUUUUUAUCUUUUGUAAUACUGAAUCAUGAUAUGGAAAAAGCUGAAAACUCCUGGCUUACCAGCAUACCUUGUAUUAAGUAACAGCUAUCACAGCUGCUAUUGUGCUGUGUGGUGGUGUGUAGCUGCAGUCGUGCCUCCCUUCCACCAGAUGCUCUGCUCCUUCAAAACAGAGGUACACAAAUGAUUUCAGUGUUCGGUACCACUGAGGAAUGGGGAAGAACAGAAGCAGGAAUAAAAGAUAGGAAGUUAAAGGCCAGGGUAUGGCAGCUUGCUACAGCAAAUUUGUGUUUGUGCCCUUGCUGGCAACUUCAGCAUUCUCUCAUUUGUGUUGAGUGCUUCAUCUGUUCUUCAUGUCACUUCACUGACAGGGCAGAAACCUCUGGCAGAGGAGGGGAAAGACAUGAAUAUCUCGAUUGAUUUGCCCCUUUAUCGUUGUUAUUUGUGAAAGUGGUAAGUGGUAAGCUGAUCACUACUUAGAGUGCUAGAUUUAAACAGGAUAGGGAAUUCAGUAGGUCUUUCUGACUUGGGCAAGGAUUUCUAGUUAAUCCAGUUAGCCUGGAAGCCAAUGGUUAUCUUAUCGGACUAGUAUUAUGUGUUGUCUAAAUAGGGCUGUUCUGCCAGCUCUCAGUGCAAGCAUCUCGGCUUUGUAAUCGUUUCACCCAGUGCCUCUGCCUUCCUGUGUCAAAAUCUGAGUUAGGAAGAUUUGUAGCAGCUACGUUUUUGAGGUGGGAAGAAAAACAAAGUAGGUAGGAAAAGUGGAAUAGAACAACCAAGCUAGUAAAGAAGGAACUUUUUCCAAAGGAGAGUAUAGAAUGCAGACCACUUCCAGCCUAAUCUCUCCCCCAUAUGGAGAGCUCAUUCGCACGAGUUUUCUGUAGUUUGCGAAAGAAAAAAGAAAUGACAU